AUGGUGGUUUCCUAUUUCCAAGAUGAGAAGAUCACCCUCAAUCACCAAAGACCUAGCAAUGAGCACUUAGAUGUGGAAUCCUCUCUGAAGAGGCUCUACAUGGGAUUUUGGGGUCCUGCCAAGAGAGUAUCAAAGAUACAGGAUGAAGAAUCAAGAGUUUUAAGCCAGUUUUCUAGCUCCAAACAUCAGUCCUACUUUGGAGUAAGCCAAAGCCCACACCCAACCCAGGGAUUAGUGUCUAUAUUGCAGGCUCCUGCACCAGGAUACACCGCUGGGGCGGGGCGGAGCGACACGUGCCGCCUUGUGCUCUACGGAGUGCCGCUGCUGGACGCCUCCGAGGAGUCUUCCUUACAGCGAGCCCCAAGGUCCCCUACGCGCCCAGGAAAGACACGCGCUGCCGACCCGCCGGCGAAGGAGACCAGCAGGCUCUGGAUUCGCCUUGGCGCCUCGGCGCAAGAGUUUAGCCGUUCUCCCACCGACCCACCAGAAGCUGGGGUUCUUCUUAUGGAAGGUGAACAAUGCGAAAAAUGGGUGCGUGGAAAGGCAAGUCCCGUUGAGACUUUCCACUGCCCCACCCAAGAUAACCAAUGGAAGGAGAUGUUUUGCUGUGGCACCUGCAUGGCCUCCUACUGCUGUUCCUCCACAAAGGAGCGCCUGGACCAGGCAAGCUGUUCCAAGAUUGUUAGGACAGAGAACCAAGAGCCUGAUGGACCCACAGUUGAGAAGAUCGAUGUCCUUGAGUUCAUUGCUAUAGCACUUGCGCUCAGCACCUCUUUCAUUGUGUUCUUCUGCGUACUGCGCUAUCGGAUGGAAUGCUUGGAGGCCCAGGAGGCGCAAAGAGUGGCUAAUGCCCAGCUGGACUUGAUCCAAGGGGUUCCUGCCACAUCUGUUAUUGACAGCCCUCCGCCUGAAAGGGCUGCCUCUGCAGCUCCUGAUCCUCCAUCCUCGGUGCCUGAAGAAUCCCAGAGUUCCUCAGAGCUGCCCACAGCUGUGGCCAAUGUGCUUUGGGGUUUUGGAAAUCCCAUUCGUGAAGUGAUGAAACUACCCAUAUUUAUCCUAGGAGGGCCACUGGGGGUUGUACCUGAAGAAGAGAAAGAGGAGGAGGAGGAGGAGGAGGAGACAGAUUUUUAACUGGAGAGAGGAGAAAUUAAGCAAGCCCCAAGCUCAGUCCUGAGCAUUGGUGUCCUUAGCUUUUUUAGCAUUAGGAACUGAACUAUUCUUUUUUAACAUCUUUUUAGUAAGUGCUGCUCUGUAUCCUAGAAAUGUCUUUUACUUGUGUGCUACCCAUUCCCUGACCCACAUAACCUUUGGUUUACACGGAUUAUCUUGCUUCUUCCCCCCCCUUUCACACCACUGAACCCCUAGUUGAGAUAUUUAAAUUGCUCUCUUCAAUCUUUCCAUUAGAGAUUGGGAUUAGAAGAUAUGGCGUUCUCCCAGCCAUGAGUCUCAAAGGGGACCUGAGACCUUAUUUUAGCCAACAUUAUUUUAAAUGCUCUGUAAAAAGAA